AAAUGAAGUAGACAGCACUAAGAAACAAAUUGCAAUAAUUAUUUAAUUGUUUAAAGAAUUGGUGCAUAGCUAAAAUUAAAUAUUAAAACACAAUGAGCCAUUCCGCCCUGGCCAGUUUGACGGCACAGUACACGGACUCAGAAAACGAAGGCGACGCCAGUCCGGAUUCAGAAAACUCCACAGCGUCACAGGUAAUAAUACCAAAGCCAGCCACACCAACGCCAGUUACGCCCGUCAAGCAGGAGCCGGAGCCCGAGAAGAAAUACAAGAAAAAGAAACGCGCCAAGAAGCUGCGACGUUUGGUUAGCUACCAGGACGAUACGUUGAUCUCCGACGAGGAGGAUGACCGGGCACAGGAGUCCAGCGAAGAGGAGUCAUCCAGUGAGAGUGCCAGCUCGGAACUAGAGAGUGAGCAGCACGAAAAUGGCAAAGAGAAAAACAACGUAAAACCGGAAGGCGGCGCAGAUACGCCCAUGCAGCUGGACGACGAUGAUUCCAACACAUACAAUGCGGACGAUCGCUCGGCGGAGAGCUACGAGAAGGAUCCCAAAUAUGCCAAAUAUAAGUUUCAAUUGCCGCCAGAGCCCAAAGGCCAUCCGCCGCCGGAACUGGUGGCUAAGAUCACGAAAAUGUACACGAAAAUGCGGCAAACCAAUAUGGACAUGAAUCGUGUUAUUCAGGAUCGCAAGGAGUUUCGCAAUCCCAGCAUUUAUGAGAAGCUGAUCAGUUUCUGUGACAUCAACGAAUUCGGCACCAAUUAUCCGCCAGAAAUCUACGAUCCGCUGCAGUGGGGCGAGGAGAGCUACUACGAAGCGUUGUCCGCAGUUCAGAAAACUGAGAUGGUCAAGCGGCAAAAGGAUCGCAAGGAGAUGGACAAGGUGGAGCAGGCGACGGCGCUGGCACGCAAAGUGGAGGAGGAGGCCAAGAAGCGCAAAUCGAAGUGGGACCAGCCGGCGGCAAAGGCAACAUUACCUGCAUUGACCACCACCGUGACUGGCACCAAGGGCACCGUCAUAUCAGCGUUCGGUUCGCUGCCCAAGAAACCAGCGGUCUAGUUUAAUCAAUACAACCUAUGAUAAAUAAAAAUACUUAUUUAAAUA